AUGUCUGAAGAUUUCAAAGAGAAGCGUAGAAAGCAGGUGCAGCCCAGGAGGACGCAAGGGGAUUAUCAUCACACACAGCUAAUAGAAGAUGCAGAUCUACCACCAAAAAAUGAAGUGCAUGAAGAAGAGGCCAUGUCCUUGCCAUCUUUGGUAGUCGCUAGAUCACCUCCAAUGAAUACUAGUAAAUGUGUCAAACAUUCAGAAGGUCCUGCAGUACAAUCCUGUAUGCUAUGUGGAAAGGAAUACAGAUCACCUGGUUUACAGACAGACCUCUCCUGGAAUGUCUGUCAGUGCUCGGCCAUUCGACAGGAAGACUUACAAACAUCAUUCAAGAAUGCUGCAGAAAACAGGAAGUUUAAGUGCAUGGAGUGCGGAAAAGCCUUUAAAUUUAAGCAUCAUCUGAAAGAGCACAUACGUAUACACAGUGGUGAAAAGCCAUAUGAAUGCUCUAAGUGCAAAAGAAGAUUCUCACAUUCAGGAUCAUAUAGCUCUCACUUAAACAACAGAAAGUGCUUUCCCACUCAGGACAAGCAAGACGUUGUGACUUCUUUGGUUUCUUCUUUCGGCUCUCCACAAAAAAUGGAUUUUGAAGAAAACUACAAAGAUCAAAUAAAGUCACAAAAGGCCACUGAUCAUUAUAACAGAAAAUGGCUAUUACACAGCCUGGAUACCAAUUCCGUCACAUUGCCACACCUCUCUUUGUGUGGUUUUAAUAUCACACCUAGAUCUGUUCAGAGCAUGUCUAUGGGCAUGUCCAUGAGCCCAAGUUUGUCAGAGACACCAGACAUUUGGCAUUUAGGCACUGACUGGUGGAGCAAUCAGUACCAUAUCCAGAUUGACUCUAGCAGAUGGUCAGCAGGUGACCGCAGUAACUGGUUCUCCCUAAAAAAGCACAAUGUGGAACAUCUGAGUAGUAGUGCUACUCCAUAUAAUGGUUACUACCCAGAAACACCAGUCCUGAAACAGCACUGCCAAAGUAGAGUCAUAGAAGAUAAUGCAAUUUCUUCACCUCCAUACCAAAGAAUGAAGCAUAUUAACUCAAUCAAUCUCACCAGUGAUGAAGAAAAGCACACAAGUGGCUCCCGAAAAAACUCAAAGAAGUUGGAAAACGGCUUGUACGCCUGUGAUCAGUGUAGUAAAACUUUUCAGAAAAGCAGCUCUCUCUUGAGACACAAGUAUGAACACACAGGUAAUAGGCCACAUCAGUGUGACGUUUGUAGCAAGGCCUUCAAGCACAAGCAUCACCUCAUUGAACAUGUCCGCCUGCACUCCGGAGAGAAGCCUUAUCGCUGUGACAAAUGUGGCAAGAGAUUCUCGCAUUCCGGCUCCUUCUCGCAGCACAUGAACCAUCGAUAUUCCUACUGUCAUAAAGACACCACCAAUGUAAAUAGUGUUAUGACAUGGGAGCAGAACAACCACCAUGGAAGCUACCAAGGGCUGCAUUCUGUCGAAGAAGUGAGAGACAUGGUCCAGUCCUGA